UUGACCACACCUCAAACAGAAGAAUGUCCUCACCGAGAUCGGUUGCUGUUGCCGUCAGUGGAGGCUCCGGCGCCGCCAAGGGUAGUCGGCGAGCUGUCCAGUGGGCGGUGGGGAAUCUCUUCCCUCAAGCCGAUAGGUUCAUCUUAGUCCACGUCAUCCCCAGAAUCACUUCAAUUGCAACCCCAACUGGAGAGUAUGUUUCCAUUUCCGAAGCAGAUGCCAAUGGCUUUGCAGCUUAUGUGCAGGAUGUGAAACAAAAGUCUGAACAAAUCUUUGUUCCAUUCAAGAAACUCUGUGAUACAAACAUGAUGGAAACCUUGCUGCUAGAAGAUGACAAUCCUGCAAAUGCACUUCUUAGCUUUAUCUCAGAGUCUGGGGUCCAAAUAUUAGUGAUGGGUUCUUACACCUCAAAUUUUAUUACAAGGAAGCUAAAAGGACCUGGGGUACCAUCAACGAUUCUAAGAUGUGCUCCUGAAAGCUGUGAUGUAUAUGUGGUAGCUAGAGAUAGAAUUAUAUCAAAGUUAGCUGAUUCUUCAUCUUCACAUUCUCAUGCAGAGGCGAGCCCAAGAUACUUCAUGUCUGCUCAAGUAAAUAAUGCAGACAAUGGUACUGGCAUUGGUAGAGAAAUGUCUGGAAUUAAUUCAUCCUCAACAGAACCUAAAAUUCUAAAAAAUUUCAGAUUUUUAUCAAUAUCAGAGCGUAGUUACAUUGGUUUGCAAACAUCUAGUCGCAGGGAUUCUUUUGAACAUUCUAUCAGAAAUGAAGAAGAAAAUGCAGAGAACUGUGGAGAUGAUGUUGAAACUAUGAGCCUCCACUCAUUUGAUUCCAUAGCUUCUGCACACCGUGAACAGUUAGUCAUGCAAGAAGAAGUAGAACGGCUCCAGCUGGAGUUGCAGAAUACUAUUGCCAUGUACAAACAGGUUUGUGAAGACCUGGUUCAUGCUCAAAGCAAGGCCCUUGUACUUUCUUCUGAAUCUCUUGAAGAAGCUAAAAUAGUAAAUGCUUCCCUGAAAAGAGAGGAGAUUUUGAGAAAGAUUGCUGCUGAAGAGAAAGAAAAGUAUUUUAAAGUCACGAAGGAACUUGAGGAGGCAAAAAGUAGACUUGCCAAAGAGUCAUACGAAAGACAGAUAGCUGAACUUAAUGUCCUUAAAGAAUCCAUAGAAAAACAGAGAAUUGUUGAUACGUUGCUCUCAAAUGACAGGAGAUACAGACAGUACACCAUGAAUGAAAUCAAGAUAGCGACAAACUUCUUCUCUGAGGAUUUGGUAAUUGGUGAAGGAGGAUAUGGGAAAGUUUACAAAUGCAAUCUUGAUCACACACCAGUAGCUGUAAAGGUUCUGCAUCAGGACGCAUUCAACAAGAAAGAGGAGUUUCUGAAAGAGGUUGAGAUUCUUAGUCAGCUACAUCAUCCAAAUAUGGUUUUGUUACUGGGAGCAUGUCCUGAGAGUGGUUGCCUUGUUUAUGAAUACCUGGAAAAUGGAAGUCUAGAAGACUAUCUUCUCAGUAAAAAUGGAAAACCACAACUUCCUUGGUUUUUUCGAUUCCGUAUAGCUUUUGAAAUGGCUUGUGGACUCUCAUUCUUGCAUAAUUCGAAGCCAGAGCCUAUUGUUCAUCGAGAUAUAAAACCUGGCAAUAUCUUGUUAGACAGAAAUUAUGUGAGCAAAAUUGCAGAUGUUGGGUUGGCUAAGCUCCUUUCAGACGUUGUGCCUGACAAUAUUACAGAGUACAGAGAAUCGAUGCUAGCUGGUACCCUGCACUACAUGGACCCAGAGUAUCAGAGAACUGGCACUGUCCGACCAAAAUCAGAUGUAUAUGCUUUUGGAGUUAUAGCUCUCCAAUUGAUAACUGCUCGCCAUGCACGUGGACUCAUUUUGACUGUUGAAGAUGCAAUUACAAAGGGCUCCUUCCGUGAUAUUUUAGACAAAUCAGCUGGAGAUUGGCCAAUGGAUGAGACAUUGGAAUUGGCUCAAAUUGCCCUUAACUGCGUUGCACUUAGAUGCAGAGAUAGACCAGAACUUGAUACUGAAGUUCUUCCACUACUCAAAAGACUUUCUGAUGUGGCAAAUGCCACUGCAAAGAUAGGAAGAAAUACUACAAGCACGCCAAGUCAGUAUUAUUGUCCAAUCGUGCAGGAAGUCAUGGAUGAUCCACAUAUUGCUGCGGACGGUUUCACUUAUGAGUACAGAGCAAUCAAGGCAUGGCUCAACAAGCACAAUGUGUCCCCCGUGACAAAGCUUAAACUCCAGCAUUCUGUGUUGACUCCAAACCAUACUUUACGUUCGGCCAUUCAGGAAUGGAAGUCAGGAGUCUUAUUUGAUUAGGAAGCUGUUAAUUCCUUGCCGCUCAUCUCAAGCAGCUUUUUCUUGCAGCAUAAAAACUGUCAGAAUUUGAAUUGUACAAAUAUUUGUAAAGCAAUUUUGGGAAUCUAGGUGCAGCAAAUUGUUUGGUUGGUUGGUUUUUUAAAUGUUGUAUAUGAACUUUUCUCAAGCUU